GGGAGUCUGGAGGAGCAGGAGCAGGCAGCACAGACUUCAGCGGCUCCCGCGUUCGUCCGACACUUAGCUAGAGCUGCUCCCCAGGCAGUGGAGGUGAUGAUGGCGGCGGCUGUAGAGAGAGGAGGCGUCCGGGCCGCUUUCCUGAACCCGAGCAGCGGCGGCGGCGGUGGACCAGCACCGACAACCCUCCCGACCGGAGCGUUAGCCGGGGCUGUGUCCCUGGGCUCGGGCUCCGGCAGCAUGCCUGUACCCAUGAACCUCUUUGCGACCUGGGAGAUAGACCGAUCAUCCCCAAGCUGCGUGCCGAGGCUCUGCAGCCUCACACUGAAAAAGCUGGUGGUCCUCAAAGAACUGGAUAAAGAGCUGAACUCCCUGUCAAUAGCUGUCAAAAUACAGGGCUCGAAGCGUCUUCUGAGAUCAAAUGAGUACGUCCUCCCACCCAGUGGACUGAUGGAGACAGAUCUGGAGCUCACAUUCUCACUACAGUACCCCCAUUUCCUGAAGAGGGAUGCCAACAGACUGCAGAUCAUGCUGCAGAGGAGAAAACGCUACAAGAAUCGAACCAUUCUGGGCUACAAAACUUUGGCUGUGGGAGUCAUCAAUAUGGCUGAGGUGAUGCAACACCCGACAGACGGAGGACUGAUUCUUGGUCUCCAUAGCAAUGUGAAGGAGGCGCCAGUACGUGUGGCGGAGAUCAGCGUGUACUCUCUGUCCAGCCAGCCCAUCGACCAUGAGGACGGUAGCGGCCAGGCUGGCCGUAAGACCAAAACCUCAGACCGUUCCCCAGACAUGGAUAACUAUUCUGAGGAGGAUGAUGACAGCUACUCGUCAGAGCAGGAAGCCAGCGAUGACGCUGUUCAUGGCCAGGAUCUUUACGAUGAAGACGACGAGGUCAGGAAGCCCAAGAAACCCCGGAGGAAAAUGAUCCGAACCACCUCCAUGACUAGGCAACCCAACUUCAAGCAGAAGUUUGUGGCCUUGCUGAAGAGGUUCAAGGUAACAGAUGAGGUCCUGGACUCUGACCCGGUCGAUCAGACCCAGGAGGUGGAGGAGGAUCUGGACUUACUCUACGACAGUCUGGAGGUGUACAACCAGAGUGACAGUGGGCCGGAGAUGGAGGACAAUGAGAGCGUUCUGAGCACGCCCAAGCCCAAACUCAAGCCAUUUUUUGAAGGGAUGUCUCACUCCAGUUCCCAGACGGAAAUUGGGAGCAUACACAGCCAAAAAAGCCAGCAGAGAGAGCUGUCAUGUCCUAGUGGUGACUUUCUGACCGUGGACAGAUGUAAAGUGCAAGGGGCCCGGUAUCAAGACGACAGCAUCACAGACACAACCGUCGGGGAGCCAGAGGCUGACGACAGCGGGCUGGGGCCGGGAGAGGUGAGCAGCUGGGAUGUCAACACUGAACGGAUGACCAGAACUGUUGGCAAGCUCUGCAAGACGGAGUCCCAAAACCACAUGUCUCCCAGUAAAAUGGAGAACAGGCUGCAGAGGCGUCCUCGGAGCACCUCCAUGAAAGACAGACAGAACUCUAAGGCCCAGAGCGACAGGACCAGCAGCAUGGAGAGCGAGUGCUCCCCUGACUCACGACUCAUAGCACAGGUUCCCAGAAAGUCUGUCUAUGACCAGCUGAACCAGAUCCUCAUUUCUGACGAACGCCUGCCAGAGAGCAUCAUCCUCAUCAACACCAUGGAGUGGCAAGGACAGUAUGUAUCCGAGUUGCUCCAUGAACAGGGCCAGCCCAUUGUGUCCACCUGCUCUGCCGCCGAUGUUCAGGCUGCCUUCAACACCAUCGUCACACGCAUCCAGAGAUUCUGUAACUGCAAUGCUCAGACACCACCGACGAUGAAGGUGGCAGUGGCAGGCGACCAGAGUUACCUCAGCACCAUCCUGAGGUUCUUUGUGGAGCAGCUGGCCAACAAGACACCUGACUGGCUCAGUUACAUACGCUUCCUGGUCAUCCCCAUAGGUUCUCAUCCUCUGGCAAAGUAUGUGGCCUCAUUUGACAGCAGGUUCAACAGCAUCUUUAUGGACACUGCGUGGAGGGAGCUGUUCUGCAGGACGGAACGGCCCGCCUCAGACAACAUUGAUGUAGCAGGACGAGUGGUUCAGUAUCUGGUCGGUGCCAACGUGUCCCACCAGUUCCCCAUCUCAGAAGCAAUGCUCACCUACAAACAGAAGAGCCCUGAUGAGGACUCCUGUCAGAAAUUUGUGCCAUUUAUUGGGGUUGUGAAAGUUGGAAUUGUGGAGCAAAGUUUGUCAACUUCAGUGGACUCAGAUGACGCAAUGGGGGUCAACACGAGCAUCUUGUCCUCCCCAACGCCCCCAUCGGCUGGUCCGUAUGGGAAGGAAAUCGGGGGCACUCCCCCACAGUCUCCCUCCGUGUCCACUGCCCUCUCUGGAGCUGGCUCUCCAUGUUCGGGCAGCGAGGUGAUGGGGCUCCAGGUGGACUACUGGACGUGGCAAGGCCCAGAGAAGAAGAAGGAGGGAGAGAAGAGAGACGUGGGACUGAAGAACACCCUGAAGAGUAAUUUCCGUUCACUGCAAGUCAGCCGCCUGCCUUGUGGAGGGGAGCUCACCCCUCCACCCAGCAUGGCCAUGACUGUGGUCACCAAGGAGAAGAACAAGAAAGUGAUUUUUCUCAGCAAGAAGCCCAAGGAGAAAGAGCUGGACUCUAAGAGCCAAGUGAUUGAUGGCAUCAGCAGGUUGAUCUGCACAGCCAAGCACCAGCACACCAUGCUGAGAGUCACUAUUGAUGGAGUGGAGUGGAAUGAUGUGAAGUUUUUCCAGCUCGCUGCCCAGUGGCCAACACAUGUCAAGCACUUCCCGGUGGGAAUCUUUGGUUACACUAAGCCCGUGUGACCUUGGCCACCACCCACUCCGCCACCACCAGACUCUCCGCUGCACUUGUCUCACCGAGAGGCUCCAGAGAAUUAGAGGAAAAAGCAGACGGGCCCCCGGCAGUAAUAGUUUUCCUGUGGAAAUCUUACUGACUCACAACCACGUGUUCAACACACAGAUUUCAUGUCGUCAGUUGGAUGUUUUUGAUGUUGUUGGGUGUUGUUGUUGUUUUUUACACACUACAAAAAGAACAAGUACUAUUUUGUAAGAUUUGUGCUACCGCCUCGGAGGUAUUUUGAGGUUUUUGACAAUUUGCCACAUUUCGAUAAUGGCAGCUGUGUUUGCACUUUGUUUUUGUUAACAUUUUAUUAUUUCUGUGAAAUCCUACAUUUAUUGUUACUCUAUAGACAAUGGAGGAGUGUGAUGGUGAUGUGCAGUGGCGUGUGUGAGAUCGUUUGUGUUUGUUGUUGAAAGUUGGAAUAUUGCUGUGAAUCUAGAUGGAAUCCUUCUCUUCUAACUCAGUGCUCAGUUUUCUUACUCGUCCCUUUACUUUCUCAAAAAAGGUAAAUUUUUAUAGGAAGAAACAGAAACGUUCUGUUUUGCCUCGUUGCUUUGAAGCACACUGUGUACCUAAAGCAAAUAAAACAACAUCUAAAGCAAGGUAUUUCUGAAGGUAGCUAUAAGGAAUGUAGCUAUGGAGCAUUUGUAACACGUUCAUUAAUCAGUUCAUUAUGAAAAGUGCUGAAGAUUUUGCAUGGAUGUUAGAGUACAUUCAGAGUGUACGGUAACAUCUACCUAGAAGCAGGGUAACGUGGCACCACAAAACAUAUUUCAACUAUCAACAGCUGAAUGCCAAAUUUAGGUGUGACUGUAUGAACUGUCGUAUCGUUUCAAGGUCCUGAAUUGUUUUUCAGUUUCCCAGCCUCCCCCGUGUUCAGCUUGAUGUACUGGCUUACCUGAGAGCGCGUCUCACAGACCUGCAGUAACUUAGCAGAUACUGGGUUUCUCCAGAUGUGCAGUGAUGUGCCAAAGUCAAGUUUGUUUUACAGUGUAACCACCAGAGCUCUUGGCUUGGCCAAACUUCAUAGUAUGUUAAACUGAGAACUAAAAUCGUACACUUGAUGUAUCUGUGGUCCCUGUGGAGAUCAGUAUUUAGAUUACUGAGAUGUUAGCUUUGAUAAAUUUACCAGUUAGUGCUCCACAUUUGGCCAAAUAUAAUCCCAGUAAGCAUUUACAAGACGUGUGCACAUCCUAACCAAGCAAUUACCAUUGUGUCCUUUAUAAUUGUGUCACCGUGGCUGGACGUGCAAGUAAUGCCUAACCUAAUCAGACUGGUCAUGCAGUACUGUGUUGGCCUGUGGUGGGAAAAUUACUAAUGAGCUGGACUUGAAACAUGCUUUGACAGUCGUGUCGAGCGCAUUGCAAGUAUUGAAUUACUUUUAAAACAUGAUGAAAAGUGUAUGGAGUCUUGCCAGAUGUCCAAGUCACUGCCUGUGUGUGUCUGUGUAGGUGUGCUAUAUGUUCGAUGGUACUCCCUGAAUAGUGUUACGUGAAACUUUUGCAAUAGGAAACCUUUGGACAAAGGGCCUUCUGUAUGAGAUAGUCGUUGCUUUUUAUAAAGUGAAGAUUUACAAGCUUUGAUUGGCUGGCUUUUUUAGUAAUGUAUAUAAAUAUAAUAAACAAAAUGUUAUUAUUGUGAAUCGCAAAUCCCUGCCCUCCCACGGAAAAUUAAAAAGCACAAAUAGCUUACCUUUAUUUCUUGACAUAAAUGCCAAAUAUAUUUCCAGAACUCAUAACUAUGAAGUUGACUUGUACAAUGCAAACACUAUUAGGUAUGUAACUUCUCAUACAUUUCCCUCACUUUGUAAUGCACUUUCAUGUGGGUUUUAUACAUAUUUUAGGUCAAAUUGGGACACCCUUUGUUUUUGAGGUGAAGUGUUAAGAGGUGUUAUAUUUGAAAUGUAAACCACUACCUAUAGUCAAGAGAAGGCAGGAUGUUUCCGCAGGGAUGUUUAUGUUGAAGCGCCCUGUGAGGUCUGAUAAACCGUCAUGGCUGUCUGUUACUUUGUUUUGCCACUUGAUGUUGAGAAGCUUACUUUGCAGCUCCCACCGUACGUGUCUGCCUGUGACUAUACAGUCUCCUGUCUCCUGCUUCUUGAAGGGUUCACUAUCUUCUUUUUGUUGGGAGACCAAUUGGCCCUCAUGGAUGUGUAAACUCGGGCUGUGAAGUGUUAGCCAAGGCAGAGUUGUUUGAGGGAAUUUGUCAUGAGAUUUCGCCUUUUACAUACUGAACGGGCAUAAUGACAAGUGUAUUUCGAUGUAUUUGACCUCAACUUUUUUUUUUUUUUUUUUUUGCCCUAAAUCUAGAGGUAGCAUGGGGGUGUUUUACAAGACUGGAUCAAUGAGCAGGCAUGCUCACUUUGUCAACACAAUUUUAGCACAGCAAAAAAAUUAACUCCUAACACCAGUGUUAGUUUUUCAUUAAUGGUCAAACUGCAAUUACAACAUGCCAUCUCAUUGCUCCUGUUACUUGAAAUGCCGCCCAGUGUCUUUGCACAAACCCUAUUUUAAAUGACAUGACAGUAUUUUUAAAUUUACCACUAAAAAAAAUAUGGAUUACUCUGCAUGUUUUACUAUAGAUGUAAAUAUGUUUUGGAUUUUUAUAUUGUUUUGUUUCUUUCCAUGCUCUCACAAGCAGUUGUGUUUAAUAAAAUUUUUAAUCUUCUGUA